UUUUACAAGUCGGUUAUAUUAUAUUAUAAUUUAUUUUUUAGAAACUUCGUAUUAAAUUUAAAUAUCUUAUAACUAAACAAUAGACAUUGUAUAAAAAAAAUAAAUGGGCAAUUGGUACCAUAAAGUUUAAGCAAAGCAUAUUUUCGUUAUUUCCUUGGUAGGUACUUAAUUCAUAUUUUUUGUUUCAAAAUGAGCUUUGAUGAGGAUAAUUCUGAAGAUAAACCUAACUUGGCUACAGAAGAAUAUUGGAAUGAUACUUACAAUGUAGAAUUGGACAAUUUCAAAAACUUUGGUGACCCUGGUGCUGAAUGGUUUGGCCAUAGUAUAGGACUCAAAAUGAUUAAGUGUAUACAAUCAAACUGUAAAAUUAGUCAAAAAGAUUCCAUUUUAGAUGUUGGAUGUGGAAAUGCUUUACUUUUAACUCAAUUAGCUAAAUUAGGAUUUUCCAAUCUAUACGGCAUAGAUUAUUCAGCUCCUGCAGUAAAAUUGGCGAAUUCAAUAGUUAAAGAUCAAAAUAUAGAAAAUAUAACACUAAAAGAGUUCGACUUUUUGACUAAUGACGUGAAAACAUUACCAACAUUUUCAUUGGUCUUGGAUAAAGGUACUUACGAUGUCGUUAGUAUGGACGAUGAAAGUAAAGAAAAGAGAAACCGAUACAAAGAAAACAUAGUCGACUUGUUACAGCCAAACGGAAUGUUUUUGAUUGUUAGUUGUAAUUGGACACAACUAGAAUUGAAUGCACAAUUUGGCGAUGCUUUUCAAGUUGUUCACACUAUACCGACUCCAUCGUACCAAUUUGGAGGAGCUGUUGGUAAUACACUGUCAGCCACUCUUUACCAAAAAUUAUAAAAGAAGAAAAAAUUUAAUGUUUUAUUCAAUACUGUUAAUUUACUAUGUGGUAUUCUUUGCAAUAAAAUCUAAGCUAUUCAA